AUGCUCAAGUUUUUAAAGCCCAAAUCGUCAGAUGAGGGCAGUUCGAAGGACAACAAAUCGGCGGCGUCGCUCAAAGAGUUCCUGGACAAAGCACGAGAGGACUUCAAACAACGAUGGGAGAAUCCGGCUCAGAACACGGCGUGUCUCGACGACUUCGAUCGGAUAAAAACGCUGGGAACCGGCUCGUUUGGUCGUGUGAUGCUUGUCAAACAUAAGCAGUCGGGCAACUAUUAUGCCAUGAAAAUUCUCGACAAACAAAAGGUAGUAAAACUUAAACAAGUGGAGCACACGCUGAACGAGAAGCGCAUCCUUCAAGCCAUCGAUUUUCCAUUCUUGGUCAACAUGACAUUCUCGUUCAAGGACAACUCAAAUCUGUACAUGGUAUUGGAAUUCAUCUCGGGAGGAGAAAUGUUCUCCCAUCUUCGCCGAAUCGGACGCUUCUCGGAACCUCAUUCUCGCUUCUACGCUGCUCAAAUCGUGUUGGCAUUCGAGUACUUGCACUCGUUGGAUCUCAUCUAUCGUGAUUUGAAGCCAGAGAAUUUGCUCAUCGACUCGACUGGAUAUUUGAAGAUCACCGACUUUGGAUUCGCGAAACGCGUCAAGGGGCGAACGUGGACGUUGUGCGGAACUCCAGAAUACUUGGCACCGGAGAUUAUCCUUUCCAAAGGAUACAACAAGGCUGUUGAUUGGUGGGCACUUGGCGUGUUGAUCUACGAAAUGGCUGCCGGAUACCCACCAUUCUUCGCCGAUCAACCAAUUCAGAUCGAGAAAAUCGUGUCAGGAAAGGUCAAAUUCCCAUCUCACUUCUCAAACGAGCUCAAAGACUUGCUCAAGAACCUGCUCCAAGUGGAUUUGACGAAACGGUACGGAAAUCUAAAGAACGGAGUGGCCGACAUCAAAAAUCACAAAUGGUUCGGAUCUACCGACUGGAUUGCCAUCUAUCAGCGAAAGAUCAAACCGCCCUCAUUCUCCAACGGAGAACCCAAGGGACGGCUAUUCGAAGCGCUGUAUGCACGUGUCGAUGGUCCAGCUGACACUCGACACUUUGUGGAAGAAGUUCAGGAACCAACGCAAUUCGUGAUCGCAUCGACGUGUCAGCUGCCGGAGCUGUUUGAGGAUUUCUAG